GGAGCAAGACAGGCUUUGCAAUGCAGGAGCUUUGUGCGCAAGGAUGCAUUGAGGACUAGGAUCCUUUGCAAGGCUGGAGGGGGGUGCUGUUGCUGCAGAAGGCAAGGGGAAAGAGGGCCAGGAUGAGUUUCCAGGAGGAACAGCUGCAAGAAGAGGCAACUGCUUCACCAGCUGCCACCGAUGAUGAGGAUGGGAUGACCUGGUGGUACAAGUGGUUGUGCAGGCUGGCUGGCAUCAUUGGAGGCAUUUCCUGUGCCUUUUCUGGUGUCUGGAUGUGUGUGACCAUCCACCCGCUCAACAUAGCAGCCGGAGUCUGGAUGAUGUUGAACGCCUUCAUCCUCAUCCUGUGCGAGGCUCCGUUUUGCUGCCAGUUUGUCGAGUUUGCAAAUAUUGUGUCAGCCAGGGCAGAUAAGCUCCGACCGUGGCAAAAAGCAGCCUUCUAUUGCGGGAUGGCGAUCUUCCCUGUUAUACUAAGCCUAACUCUCACAACGCUGAUAGGCAACGCCAUUGCAUUUGCAACCGGAGUGCUCUAUGGACUCUCAGCCCUGGGCAAAAAGGGAGAUGCCAUCACUUAUGCCAGGAUGCAACAGCUGCAGCGAAAGCAAACCAAUGAAGAUGGGGUGAUGGGAGCUGCCGAACCCCAAGCUGUGUGAAUCCUUUUGAGGACCGUAACCCUCCUUCGCUCCUCACUGCAACACUGUGAAAGUAAAUGGAUGGUAGAUCUAGCCUUGAGACUAUAAGACUCUCCAGACUCCAGUUCCAAGCUAGAGGAGUGCAAAUGGAAGACAUUCCCGCUCCUCUCUCCUCACAACAUUUUUAAAAGAUUAAUACAACACUGUGAAUCUUCUAUGCUGCAGCUCUGUCCUGCUCCAUUCUCAGGUUGGAUCAGAACCAAACAGGGCACAAUACUCCACCACAUCACUGUGAUAUAUAACAUAUACUCCCUGGUAAAAAGCCUCCAAUACAGUUCUUGCAACUUAAUACUUGUGCGUCCAAGACCAUCUAGGUGCUGUACUCUAGCUCUUAACUUUUGUCCAGGGAGUCAAGAAGAAGUUGUUUUGGACACCAUUUGGGGGGAAAGUCGGCACCAAAGAAGAAUUCUCAGUCACAGAACCAUUGAUGGAGCAUUUGUUCUGCUGGAUGAUAUCUUAGUACUGUGAACUUCAGGGGUUUAUUUUGAUAUCUUUUUCCCCACAUCCCAUCGCCUCCAAAGGAUGAAAGUCUAUCUUUCUGCACAAGUCUGAGUUCUUUUCGCCGAUGUGGUCCUUUAGGAACUAUAGAUGUUGACAAAACUGUGUGCUGAUUUUGUGAGAUGUGUUUUGCUUUGCAACAGGAAGUAACUUGAAAACCCUUGGCAUUUGCUUUUCAACAGAAAAAGAGGAGAACUUUUCAUACCAUUUCAUACCAGCAAGGUCAAGUGUGUCUCAGCGGUUGGAGAAAAGUCCCCUCCGCCUGCCAUUCUUGCAUUGCGUAGAUCGGUGCUCCUCAAAAUGGUCUCUCCAGACCAGUACCAGUUCACAAGCCAUAGGCUGCUGGUCCACAAUGAAUGUCAGGAAACUUUGUCAAUACAAUAAUAAUAUGGCACAAAUAAGGCACAUUUUGGGGUGCAUUAUAGUAGUCAGACACUACUGUAAUGCACCAAAGAUAAUCCGAAGUAACAUGAGCGGGGACGGGGCAACAACUAGAUAUCCAUCUCCUGGUUGAACAUUUGGAACUGGUCACCAAGGAUUUCUGAGUACUGGUGGUUUAAUAAUGGCAAGAACAAAACAGAUUCCUUUCUCACCCUAAAUACUGGGGGCAUUGAGUGUUUGGGAUGAGCGUCAUUCCCAUUUUGGUAACUAAUGGGUGAAAAUGCCUGACAACACAGUUAUACAAUUGAAUGUGUUCAGCCUUUGGUACCAGGCUCUGUUGGGUGGAUCUCAGGGGUUUCAUAAAGAAAAGAAAGUGGAUCCCACAAGCCUGAAGCCUACUCAACCCUGCCUUAAUGCAACAUCCCUUAAAGCUUUUUAAAACUGGGGGCGAUGCUCCUUGUCACCAGGUCCUUACCUUCUCACUCUUCCCUAUCUAGUUCUUCUCCCCUCUCUCUAUUUAUAUGUUUAACUUAUUAUUGCUUCUUCAUCCUCGAAGUUGCCUUGGGAAAACAGAAUACUUUAACUGUAAUUUGUUUUGAUGUUAUAUUUAAGACCAUUCUGGUAGGGAUCGUUUCUCUUUGGAUGUGGAAUAUCCUCCUUCCUCCCCCCAGAAAGUGUUGGUUUUUCUUAAGCAUUAGGUCAUUCUUUCUCUUUAGGAAGAGAAAUGUGUGUUUGUUUGGGAACUGAAAGGAAAUGAUAAUUAGGCAGCAAUCCUAUGUCUGCUUUCCUAGGACAAAGUCCUACUGAGCUCAUAGGACCUACC